AUGUGGGUUAAGAAAUGGCUAUUAAAGCGAAAUCAGUAUCCGCAUGUAAAUCUUUUAAAGGAAUUAAGGUUCCAUCCAGAAGAUUGGCACAAUUAUAUGAGAAUGACGGAACCCACGUACCUAAAAUUAUUGAAACUAGUAUCGCCUAAAAUACAAAAGAACAAUACAAACAUGAGACAAGCUGUUAGUAAUCACGAGCGUCUAAGUGCAACUUUGCGUUUUCUAGCCACUGGACGAUCUUAUGAAGAUUUAAAGUACUCAUCGAUAAUUUCACCACAGUUAUUGGGAAAAAUCAUUCCAGAAACGUGCGCCGCCAUUAAACAGCAUGUCAUGACUAUUGUAAGUUACCUUGUGAAUGCAAAUGAAUGGAAGGCAAUUGGAGCUGACUUUGAAAAGCGCUGGAAUUUUCCGAAUUGUCUUGGCGCUGUUGAUGGCAAGCAUAUUAAAAUAAAGCCGCCGCCUGGUUCUGGUUCAUAUUUCUUUAAUUAUAAACACUUCCACAGUCAGGUUCUUAUGGCAAUUGCUAAUGUUAACUAUGAGUUGAUUUAUUUUCACUUCGGUACAAACGACCGAGUGUCAGACGGUGGGGCAAUAAUAAAUACAGAUUUUUAUCAAAAACUUAUUAACGGUACACUGAGUUUGCCACAACCAGGUUCAGUGAAUGGAAUAACGCUUCCUUAUGUAUUUGUUGGAGACGAAGCUUUUGCUCUAAGGGAUGAUUCAAAAGUCACAGUCCAAUGA